AUGGCUGUCGACAAAUGUGCCAUUGAACCAGAUUCUGAUAUCAUUGGAGUCGGCGUCCGAACUUCCAUCUAUACACUAAGCCUCGCGAGCCCUGCCAUAGAAUCCUCGCUCGGGGUGACUGGCCUGGCUCUUUUACUUGCCACUAUGAUCAAGAGCGCACUGGACGAUAUUGCACUCUUUCACUCGCUCUGCAUUCUACAUCUUCUCGGACUGGUUGGUUUCUCUAUCCGCCCCAGGGGCCGGUACCGUUUGUCCGCUACACAUACCAAGGCAUUCACUAUCUUGUACGCCCUUGCAACCGUUGCGUCGGUGGUAUAUUUCAUUCUAGUCUUUGCAAAUGCGACACGGUUUGGCAACCGCCCGGAAUGUAACGCAGAAACCAACUACGUCUUGUUUUGGGUCAAUAUGAAAGCAACCAGCCCGGUGAUCCGCUGGCUGCUAGUUACCAGCUUUACGGUGCUCGCGGUUACCCUCCUUGCCUGGGUUGUUGGGUUCACGGGCAUGCUAUGCUUCGCUAUUGACUGCGGGUGCACUGUAGCCCGAACCUCUGACACGGAAUCUUUGUCGAGUGAGUCCCAAGGAGAUGGGAGCAAGUCUGACCCCCGCCCCGUUAGGGAAUUCAUCACUAUGCUAGGCCGGUUGGCGGCCUGUAUAUAUCUGAUUUGGAUGUUGGAACUUAUUAUCCGAAGAAAUAAGCUACUCCCAGGCCUCGAAGAGUGGAAGUUUGGUCAAGUACUGGCUAUGAUGAUGUUGAUCGGCCCAUUGAUCGAGUUGAUGUCUUUGUUACUGAGCAAGAAGGCGUCCACCAGUGAGUGA